GCAGGCGGUGGCGCACCCGCCUGGCCUCGCUCCGAUCUCCGCGCUGUUCUGCUCGCCGUUCUCGCGCGCGCUGCAGACGGCCGGCCCGGUCGCCCGCGCGCUCGGCCUCGCGGUGCGGGUCGAGUGGGGCUUCUGCGAGCUGCUGGCGGACCAGUGGCUGCACUGGGAGGACCCGCUGCCGGAGCUCCGCCGGCGGGCCCCGGAGCUGCUGGACGCGCUGGCCGGCGGCGUGCAGAUAGACGCCUCCUACGCCACCGCCGUGGUGCCCGAGUACCCCGACGUGGUCGGGUGGCUCUACGGCACGGGCGACGCGGAGGAGGCGCAGCGCCGUUCGCGGGCCCUGCAGCGGCACCUGGCGGCGGUCCGCGCGGCGCUUGCGUCCACGAGCGGCUCGAUCUUGAUCGUUGGCCACGGCGCCACGCACGACUUCGUCUUCGAGGCGCUGUGCCCGGGCGAGUGGGGACAGCACACCGGCUGGCACACCCCGCACUGCGUCGCCAACUGCGCCCUCACGGAGAUCCGCGAGGUCGGCCCUGGGCGCGGCUGGACGCUGGCGGAGUUCGGGGGCGUCCCCUGGCAGCGGCAGAGCUCCGAAGCGGCCACCGCGGAUGGCCCCGGGCCGUACACCGCUCCCGCUGGCAGCAGACAAGCAGACAGUGCCUGA